AUUCUCCUCAACUUGAUCUCUAGUUCUCAUGGCGCCUCGGCUUUCGAAACGACAACAACGAGCAAUCGACGAGCUUCAAGAGCUCGCCCAAGCUGGUCCUCCCAAGGCAGAAGUCUCCGAUGGAAGCCAAGAUGAAGAACUACGUACAACAGGAACACGAUCAAAGACGGGAUUCACAGCACUCCUUGUACCAGAUGAAGAUGUAAACGAAGAAGAGGAAGAGGAGGUUCCUGCUGCAAAGUCGAGCAAGAAGGUGGUCUCAAUGUAGUCGAAGAAAAAGAAAAAGACCGCUACCCGAAGUAGUAGCGUCGCAGGUUCUGAAGUUCCGGCUGCAAUACUUCCUACCCCUGCGCCGGUAUCAUCUCCAAAGACUGAAAACCCGAAACUCAGUAGCGAGAGGAGAGCAGCAAAGAAGGCGAAAGCAAAGGCAAAGAAGGAGAAGGGGAAAGAAAACGAUGGACUCGACGAAAUCGAUCGAGCAUUAGAGGAACUUUCGAUGAAGCGCGUUGAAAAGUCAUUUCUGUGUCAUUCCCCCCACUAACCCACGCAAUAUUGUAACAGACAUCCCGAUUUUCAGAAACCAAGCCUUGCGCCUUCUACCCCGACAUCGUGGCCCACCUCUGAGGGCCUUAUUCCACGACUCUCACCAUUGUUGUCCGUAUCGUUGACGCAUUUAGACUCAUCAGCUGAACUCCGUCGAUUUUUUGGGGCGAAAGUAGUGAAAGCUUCAACUACUCCUCAAGAACGUGGUUCUCGCGGAGCGACCUCAUCCUCUCAUCCCAGGCGAGGAAACGCGAAGCAACCUGCAACAGAACGAUCGAACUUAACACGACCACAAGCAGGGUGGCCUCCGGCGAGGAUGAGGGAAGGACUUGGCUUGAAACUGCUGAGUGAGGGAGAGCUUAAGAGAGAGGAGCCGCAGAGGUUGAGAGUGGAAGGGGAAAGGUGGUGGAGUGUUGAUUAUGGGAAAAGGUAUAAGAGUGUGACCAAGGUUUUUUUGAGGACUGUUCUCUCGGGCGAUCCUCAAGGUUUCUAUGACCUACUCUAUAGAAAUCCUUGGCAUGCAGACACUUUACUUCAAUUGUCCGAGGUUUAUCGACAUCGUGAUGAACAUGCGCAAGCCAUUGAUCUUAUCGAACGAGCUCUGUUUGCAUAUGAACGUGCUUUCCUCGGAAUGGGAUCGUUCAACUUCACCAGCGGUGUGAACCGAUUAGAUUUCGACAGAGUGGAAAACAGGGUUUUUUAUAUGGCUGUUCAUAGAGUUGUCGCCGACCUCACCCGCCGUGGCCUCAGCCGAACCGCCUUUGAAUUUGCCAGACUUCUAUGGGCUCUGGAUCCAUGGACAGAUCCCCAUGGUGCUCUUUUCCAUUUGGAGUUUUUGGCGUCAAAGGGGAUGCGAGGUUGGAUGGAAGAUGUGUCGCAAGUAUUUGAGUCUCAACAGGUUCAAAAGGAAAUAGAAGAUAAGUUGCAUCCAACGAUUCUGCCAGGGUGGACUUGGAGUCGGGCGGUGGUGAUGAGGAUGGGGAUGGAAGAGACUGGGAAGAGUCCGGCAGAACGCGAAGAGAUAGACAAGAAAAGUACGGAGUUGUUGAAGGAGGCGAUACAAUCGUUCCCAACGGUUCUACCACUGUUGGCGGACAAAAUCGAUGCUCACGUUCCGGAUUACGUUCGAGGGCUGAAGGAAUGUCGGAUUGAGGUUGAUGGAAGCUCGUUACCACAAGAACAAGCGGUCCUCCAUAUGUUAUCCCACCUCUACGUACAACGCGCAUGGUCGUUAUGGAAACCUCCUGCGAUAUCGUCAUGGUUAAGUGAGACCGUUCGAAAUAUGUUCUCGUCCACAAACAUCAACCGGCUUCCGCCUACACUCAAACGAACCCGAAUCCUCCAUCUCUACUCUCCCAAGUGUCCAACGUCGGAUCUUCUCUCGCGUUCCGUUUGGAGACACAUACUCGUGCUCGAAUCGAACUAUCGUUCGUUAAUCAAGUUCAUCCCGAGAAGCGUAGUGGAGGCGAGAGGUUUAUCGUGUGAUCCGUUACCUCCACCUAGCAGAGUCACAGAGUAUAACACAGAGUUUUUCGCUGGCGUUGAGGAGGAGGAAGGCGGUUCCGGUGGGAGGAGGAGAAUGACGAGAGCACAGAGGGAGGUUGAUGAGAGGAGGUUGGCGAGGUUGGUACCUGAUGCCGGGUUUCGAAGACAGAUUCAGGAAUUAUUCAACGCGAAUCCACUCCUAGCUGAACGUAUUCCAGGGGGGGUCUUCGAGUUUGCACAGAGGCUUGCGCAGAUGCCGCCUGAUGUAUUGGAUGAUUUGAUUGCUCACGCGGCUGCUCGAGAGGGAGAAUUUGGAGGUGAUAUUUUAGUUCAAGAAUUCGGUGAGGGUGGGGGUAUGCCUGGCGCUUUUGAGGAUGUUGACGAUGUGGCGGUGAUGGGAGGUGUAGAAGGAAAUGGCGGUGGAUUACCACAACUCAUAGCAGAAGAAGAAGAAGAAGAAGACGAGGGAGACGAAGAAGAAGACGAAGAUAUUGCGCCCAUGCCUAUACGGAUGAUCAGAAAUCUCAUCGGCAGACUUUGGAGCGGGGCAGGAAAUACUGCCCCCGCCGACGGUUCAGAAGAGGAUAAUGAUGAUGAUGAACGAAACAGAAGGGACGGCGGUGGUGUUGACUGAAAAAAAAUAGAGUUAAAUCUUAAGAAACGAUUUCAUUUGAGGCCUAGAAACAAACAUUUCAUGUUGCAUUUCUACCGUCCAUUCAAGUCUCAAUCAACCUCGCAGAUUGAUUAGGUAUAAUAUUACCCCCCGGUGCACUGGC